AUGCCGCCAGCACCACUGAAGAAGAAGGUCCCACUCCAGUUUCCGGCGUGGCUGGUGGUGCAAGAAGACACACUUGCUGACAACCUAUUCCAGCAAAGCCAAUUGGCCUUAGAUCGGUCCACCAGAGAAGAAAUCCCCUGGUUGUCAGAAGCGCAGUAUUGCAUACCUGUUGCGGAGAAGGACUCGCUUCCCCAUGCUAGCGAAGGGACCAGGAGCUACAGCGAUGUACAGGAGUCAGCCCAAUUCCUAGCUGGCUCUGCUUUUUCCAAGUCUAUUCUUUCUGCGCUGACUGGCAAAAUCGAGCUACCCAACAAGCUCAUGGGAGUGUGCAAUGUCACCCCGUACGACAGCUAUCUGGAGAAGACGUGCUUGAAUUGGGGUACAACAGCUGCUGAUGGAAACUCCAUGGCAAGCCUAUCAGUUUCGAAAACACCUCAGCUCACUAGCUAUUGUGAGAAGAUCAUCGCUCUCGAGUUGCUGCAGGACUGGAAGAAUGGCAAGCAUUGCAUGGGUGAUGUUCGGCCGUAUGAAAAGGACCCAGUACCUCUCAGCAACACUGUGGACCCCAAUGACUUUGGCUUCGAAAUGGUCUCUGUGUCCAAAACUGGCAAUGGAUCUGGGUGGGGAAGGUACAAAAUCCAGCUUCCCACAAACAUCAGACAGCUCUAUGCAUCGGACGUCGUUCAUGGGGCAGAAUGGCGUGAAAUUAUUGCAGAGUUCGACAAAAAGUUCGAUGUCAACGUGGCCACUGCCCCUGUCUCCACGGCUGUGGUUCCCCACGAAGAACCGGAAGAUGAAGCCAUCGAGCCUUGGGCAGAGCCAUCGACCUUGGACGCACUUACUGAGAAGUACAAUUUGGAGGCCAAAGUAUCUCCAGAGAUAUCUUCGCGUGAGAAGGACACGAAGACCAACAACCCAUCGCUAAGUGCAGAGAUGCUGCAUGACCUUCAUGGGAAGAUUGCCAGUGCGAAGAAAGAUGACAAGCAGAAAAGAUCAGAUGAGAAAAAAGCAAUGAAGGCACAGGCAAAGGAGGAUGAGAAGAAGCGAAGCACACUGAAAGAAGAAGUCAAGCGAAAGAGGAAGCCAAAGGCGUCAGAUGAAAAGGAGGAGGAGGAGGAGGAGGUGUCAGCCAAGCCAAAGGAGAAGUCAAAAACCAAGAGAAAUGAUAUGGACCAGGAGAAACCGAAAAGAACCAGAGGAGCAAAAGGGGAACCAGCAGACAAGCGAGAGAAGCCAAUGGACCAAGAGGACAAGCUAAAGAGAAAACGCAGUGUGGCACUGGAGGAACCAGAGAAGCCCAAGGAAGAGAAACCAAAGAGAAAACGAACUGUGCCAAAGGAAACGAAGCCAAAGGAAGAGAAGCCAAAGGAAGAGAAGCCAAAGGAAGAGAAGCCAAAGGAAGAGAAGCCAAAGGAAGAGAAGCCAAAGGAAAAGAAACCAAAGGAAGAGAAGCCAAAGGAAGAGAAGCCAAAGGAAAAGAAACCAAAGGAAGAGAAGCCAAAGGAAGAGAAGCCAAAGAGAAAGCCACGUGGGGCAGGAAAGGAGAAUGAUCGGAGUGGCAAGAAGAAGGAGUCGGAAAAGGAGAAGCGUCAGAAGCGUGCAGCCAGAGCUCGUCAGCUUGUUGCGGAAUUGCAAGCAAUUCGCCAGAGAAAGGCGUCACAAGACAAUGGAAAUGAGGAUCGUCACAAGACAGGAGAAGUCUGGGAUGAAUAUGCUCAAAAAUGUGCUGCAGCAGACAUGUAUCAUCUGAAGUCAAUGGGCGCAGAAUCAGAAGCUGCACCUGCCAAGCCUCGGGACAAGUCUCUCUCUAUCAAGGAGGCUGCCAAACGAGCGACACAAAAUGCUUCAGCCCAGCAGUCAGCCACAAAGGGGCGUGGCAGGGGACGUGGGAAGCCUGCUGGAGCAAAGCCAAAGAAGCCAGAAGAUGACCCACUGGAUUCUGAUGAGGAGAUUAACCGCUCUGAGGAUGAGAAGGUUGCCAGAAAACUUGACUUUGAAGAAGAAGCUGCCUCGGACUCGGACGCAUCUACUUUGGUGCUUGGGCAAGAAGAGAAAGCCACCAGGGGGAAGGCGAAGGCGAAGAGCAAGGCAAAGGCCGCUCCUGCAACAUCAUCGAAGUCGAAGGCGAAGGGUCUUCAGCUGGUCUAUCAAGAACACCUCAAGAGCACCAUCUCCCAGCUGAAGAAGGACCACCCGGAUUGGUCAGGCAAGGAGUGCUUGAAACAAGCUCGAGCUUUGUGGCGGGAGCAUCCAGAUCGUGUGAACAGCAUGAAGCACAUGAGUGCCUCAGAAUUGUCUCGCAGACGACUGAAAGUCAAUGUCUCAAAUCCCUCUAACCCAGCUGGUGCGCCUGGUGCAAACGGCAUCGAGGAAGCACCAGAACGAAGUCCUGCAGAUGUGCCAGAGAAGUCCCCUGUCCAGCAAUUGCCCUUCAAGCCCUACCAUCCUGCCUUGACAGGUGAGCUUGAUCGAAUCAUGGCUUGCUCCUGGUCAUCGGAUUUGGAACCCGUCGUGCUCGAGAUCACUGAAGAAGAUUCUAAGAAGACUUCAGACUCCGACAAAUGCAGCCUCAAAGAACUGUUUGACGAACUGAGUGAAACAGUGGCAGACUUUACCGUGAAUGGGCACACCAUGGAGAAACCCUCGGCUGUAGCGGCAGGGAGCGCUGACCCGGAGGGUAGGCUGUGCUUGCCGCGGCCUCCGCCGGACGCCACGACUAAAGUGUUGCAAUUCUUAGCGGAGCACAGCCGAGCUGCACGGGUCUUUGAGACGUCCAAAACAUGGUCCGCUAGCCGGAAGAGGCUUCUCCUUUCCUGGCUCUGCGACUUUGUUCACAUCGAGAACGACCGUAUAGGCGACGAGGAGAACGCGAACGGCUCGCCCCGGGAGGAGAAAGGCGGGUGCGUCGCGACCAGGUUGUUCGACCUGACGGACAUCUCGUUCUUCGAGCUCGACCGGCUCUUCGCCCGGAGCGCGAAGACCCUCAAGCGCCGCCAGAAGAAGCGGAAGCCGCGGAGGGCCGAUGGCGAAAGCAGCUCCUCCGAGCGCUCUCGGUCACCCCCGAGGAGAGGCUCCCUUCGAAUGGGUGGCCGCGUGCUGCCGCAGACGGGCGGCUUCACCGAUAAGGUGGGCAAAGUGGAACGGACCAUCGUGGUGACCGCGAUCCCCUACGGCGCCGAUGAAAAGAUCAUCUUCAAGCACUUUAGCAAGUGUGGCCUCAUCGAGGACUUGCAGAUGCUUUACAAUCGAAAGGGAAUGCCCACGGGUGUGGCCAUCAUCGAGUUCUCCUUGGAGGAGCCCGUGCAGCGCGCGACCACGCUGCCGUCGCCCUUCAACGAGAUCCUCGGCCAGGUGGUCCAGGCGAAGCGGGCAGACGCACAGAUUCCGAAGAAGGAUCCAGGGCCCAAGAGAACUCUCACGCGCCAGCAGUUCACACAGCAGGUGCUGAGUGGCUUAAUGAAGCCAUCAGAAGAGAAGAUGAAUAUGAGGAAACUGCACAUUAAGAACCUCCGUCCCGUCGUCAGGGACGACGACUUGCGCAGUAUCUUCAAGCCCUUUGGGGAGUUUGAGGAUUUCCUCAUGGGCAGCGGCGAGUGUUGGAUCACCUUCAAAAAUCACAGCGAUGCCCAGGAUGCGAUGACCUCCAUGCAGGGAUUCCAGUUGGUCGGCCAGGAGCUCAGCAUCAGCAUGCUCUCAGUGAGCAUAGCCAAGAGCACCGAAGCGCCCAAAGACGCAGAGGCGGAGAAAAAGCCGAAGCCCUUGGAUCUGAAGAACGAUUCAGACUUCGGCGCGACGGGCUCGGGCGUGUCCAACGUGCACAACCGCAUCGAAGUGAUGAAGAAGCUCUUGAAGGCCCACAGCGGCAGCGGCAUCCCCACCGUGGUGGGACUGCCAGUGCCCUCAGAGCCUCCUGCAGAUGGCGCGGCGCCCGCAGCUCCCCCCGCAGCGCCGGCGCCGACGGCGGAGCUGCCGCCGGCGCCGAAGCCGGGAAACUCGACCAGCUGCACCUUGCUGCUGCAGAAUAUGUUCAACCCUGGGAAGGUGGACUUGGCCUCGGACCCCAAGUUCUACGAGGCAUUGCGGGAGGACACCCACGAGGAGUGUGCCAAGCAGGGAAAGGUGGUUCACGUCACGGUAGAUCCUCGUGGCACCGCAGGAUUGAUCUACGUCCUCUAUGAAACCCCCCAGCAGCGGCUGGCGGGUGAGCUGGCGCUGAACGGUGCCUGGUUCGAGGGGAAGAAGAUCAUCGCCACAGGAAUCGACGAUUCCAUUUGGCAAGACCUGGCAGCUCAAGCGCAGCCAGCUGUGAAGCAAGAACCCGCCGCAGACGCGUGA